AUGCAAGAGUUAGGAAUUGUGGGUCCAGAGCUAGUGAAAUUCUUGUCAAGGUAUCCUCAGCUGUUUAAUGGACAUCCCAAGAGGACUGAAGAACUCGCAGAGAGAGUUAGAGAAUUGGGUUUCCCUUAUUCAAAUAUGUUUUUCUAUGCCAUGCUUGCAUUGAGCUCCAUUAGCAAAGAGACAUUGCAGAGUAAAGUCGAGUUUUUCAAGAGUUAUGGGUGGUCAGAAGAUGAUGUCUUUUCAGCUUUCAGGAGGAAUCCCCACCUGUUAUCUCUCUCUACAAAGAAGUUGAGGAAAGGUAUGGACUAUUUCACUAAAGAAAUGAAGUUCGAUAAGCCUUUUCUGAUUGCUCGUCCAAAGCUUUUCUUUUUUAGUUUAGAGGGAAGGGUUAUUCCUAGGCGUAAAGUGACGGAAGCUUUAAGAUCUAAGAAUUUGUUGGAGAAGGAUGUGGAUUUUCAAGGAGUUUGGUCAAAGUUGGAGAAGAAAUUUUUGGAACAAUAUGUUUAUUAUUAUAAGGAUGAAGCAGAGAACUUGCUUCGAAUCUAUAACGAAUGCAAAGAAAACCCAUUAAUUGGCGUUUAA